UCUCUCUCUCUCUCUCUCUCUUCCAUCGGACAAUGGAAUUCAGCGGCAAUGUCGGCGAGAAAGGCUACGCCGCGGAACCCCGAUCGGCUGUGAUAUUCCUAGGCACCGGUUGUUCGAACUCUGUACCCAACGCCAGGUGCCUCAUCCAGCCCUCAGAUCCUCCCUGUCAAGUUUGCUUCUCCUCCUUGGCCCUCUUACCAGAUCGAAACCCCAACUACAGGUGCAAUACAUCUCUUCUCGUUGAUUUUUGUGGAAGAGACGGUGAACACCAUUAUGUAUUGAUAGAUGUUGGAAAGACGUUCCGGGAACAAGUGCUUCGGUGGUUUACUUUCCAUAAGAUACCUCGGAUCGAUUCGAUUGUUUUGACCCAUGAACAUGCUGAUGCAGUUCUUGGUCUUGAUGAUAUUCGUGCUGUGCAACCACAUAGCCCUACAAAUGACAUUGCUCCCACUCCUAUCUACCUCACUCAGGAGGCAAUGGAUAGCAUUGGCAUGAAGUUCCCUUACCUGGUUCAGAAAAAGCUGAAGGAAGGUCAGGAAGUGAGACGGGUGUCACAGCUUGAGUGGAAGAUAAUUGAGAAUGAUUGUAAGAAGCCGUUUGUUGCAUCAGGACUAGAACUUGUUCCUUUGCCUGUGAUGCAUGGUGAAGAUUAUAUUUGUUUGGGUUUUCGUUUUGGUGAAAACCGCAAAGUAGCUUAUGUAUCUGAUGUUUCUCGAAUUCUUCCAACCACUGAGCACUAUAUUUCAGAAAGUAAUGGUCAACAGCUGGAUCUCCUGAUCUUGGAUACACUGCGCAAGAAGGGGUCUCAUAACGUUCAUUUUUGCUUGCCCCAGAGUCUUGAUGCUGUGAAGAGGUUACGCCCAAAGCGAGCGUUGCUAAUUGGGAUGAGCCAUGAGUUUGAUCACCACAAGGACAAUGAAUUUCUCAGGGAAUGGUCAACAAGAGAAGGGAUCCCUGUUCAGCUUGCACAUGAUGGAUUGAGAAUCCCGGUAGACCUUUAAUGAGGAAACAUACAGCCACGAAUGGGGUUAGAGUUCACUUUUUCUUCUCCCAACUGAUCAUUUGAAGAAAGGAGGACAGCGUAUUGUUUGUUGUUGUCUAGUUUAGGUUAUGAGUAUAAUUCAAGAGUUGAAAAACAAGGAGCAAAGGAGGUAGAAGAAAGGGAUUUUGAUGCAUGAUAUUCAUUUUAAUCUGGAUAUAUGAUGGUCCGUUACAGAGAAUUAACUCGUUCGAACGAAGAGGGAAUCGCAAUGGAGAGCAAUCUUAGUUGUUGCCCGGUUUGUUCUGGUAACAAAUGAAAUAGUAUUAAGUUCUUGCAAUGAUGCGUAAAUAAUUAUUGGUGCACCUUUGGUAAA